AUGGAGGAUGCACAGGCGGCGAGCCCUCCAGUACCAGUUGAACGAAAGCAUCAGAUAAGGAUGGUAGAGACGAGAGAGAAUGGUGGUCCUGUACAGAACGGUCACGGGCCCACACAGAACGGGCAGGACGUGUCGACGACCACACUAUCAACCAUAGCUGUUCGAGCCGGAGAUCGUGCGUCGAUGGUGGUAGCGCUGCUCAAAUCCAUGGGAUACGUGGAGGUGCGAAUCGACGAGAUGACACCCGGACUGUUGGAGAUUGGAGAGUCCGCUAGCGAGACGGCUAAUUUACUGCACAUCCACGACGAUCUCCUGAAAAGGCUUGCA